AUGAGCCGGAAAGGGUUGGCGUCGUUUGAUCGCACUGCUGACCAGCAAACAAAAUUCCAGGAUCUGGGGCAGGCGAUGUUGAGGCAGCGCGAGGAACAACUGAGGACCCAGCUCCAGGUUUUCCAGAACGCGCUGGUCAGCUUCAAACAGGAGCACAAGAAAGAAAUGAUGAAGAACCCCCACUUGCGAGCGCAAUUCAGCCAGAUCUGUGAAAGUUUUGGAGUCGACCCACUCUAUAUGACUGCCGAAGACGACAUCGAUCCCGAGGAGAGGAAUAAUAGACUCGCCAUUAGAAUAUAUGAGAUAUGUCAAGCAACUAGAGACUUGUAUGGGGGUAUAAUAUCUGUGGAUGAGGUGAUACAGCUGAUGACCAGCACUAUCCAGGAUGGCUGGCAAUUCAAAAUGGACCCCCAUGAUGUGCAAGUUGCUGUGGAGAGUCUGAAAGUGCUGGGAAAUGAGCUGGAGCUGGUCAAAAUCGGGUCCAAGAUGUAUAUCAAGUCAGUGCUUCAGGACAAGAUGCAAAUCAAAUCUAGAUGA